AUGUCACGUCAUGCCACUGCAACAAUGGGGCUUGCCAUGUCAUUAAGAGAUGGUUCAAUAAAUCUUUCAAAUUCUUGGAAUCGUCAACUCUCCACAACAUCAAACGCAAGUAUAGAGCUAAGUUUAGGCUCAGACUCUUCAGUUGCUGUUGGAUGGAGAAAGAAAGACCAAAAAAUGGCUGCAGCAGGAGAGAUUAGGUUGCUCGAUACACCCGUAGAUUCUCCACAAACAGGGGCGUAG